GAACCUGUCACAUGGUCGUGCAUUGAGACGACGCUGCUGUCCUUGCGAGAUGAUGGACAAUAGUCCAGUCUAAAAAACCCCGCUAGCAUGCGACAUUCAACUCUGAUACAAGGAAGCUCAUAAGCAUAAUGCACGCACCGCUUGCCCUUGCAGUUCAGCGUGCAACUUCGCUGGGUUUCGCUGCCGCAGGAGCACAGGCUGCGUAUGUAACAAAUCAUCUAGGUGGCGGCUUUGCAUCAUGCUGCAGCUCGCGAACAUACGCGAGCAGCGCGGGCUCGCGACCCGGCCCCAGUUCCGCGCCAACGACGUCGACGGCAGCAGCGGCUUCGGGUCCGGACGGCAGCGCGCGGCCAUCUCUAUGGGCCUCCCUGCAACGAGCGCUCUUUCCCGUCGGCUCCGUCACUAGCAAUGAGGCUGCGGCCUCAUCCUCAUCCUCAGCAUCCCCACCAUCGGCAGCAGCGACGGCGACGGGGAGAGCCGCCCGGUCAGGAGCUACCACGCUAGGUGGCGGGUCCGCCGCCUCAGCGGCCGCCUCAACAGCGGACGCACGCGCGGCGGCGCGAGCCGCGCAGGAGGCACGGAACGCGGCGCGGCGGGCGGCGAAGCAGGCGGGCGCGGCGCAGAGCGAUGCAUUUGCGGGGCUCAGCAAGCCGGCUGAGGCCUUCUCGGCCACACUGCUAAAGGCGGCGGUGUUGCUCAUCACGGUUCCGCUGGGAGUGCACAUGAUGAGCCACAGCCUGAUGCUGUCGCUGUGCGUCAAGGGGCUGGAGUCCGACCGGCCGGAGACGGUGGUGCUGACGCUGAAGCGCAUCCAGUCGGUCGUGCGCUCCGACUACCUGGCCAGCCGAUUUGAGGGGGACGAGGGCGUUGCGCUCCUGCUCACGUGCUUCCACGAACGUGCCGGGGAGGCCGUGCUGAGGGAGUUCCUUGCGGCGGCGGCGCAGCUGCUGAAGUACAAGAGCACACGCGAGGCGUUGCUCAUGUCUUCCCUGGUGGAGCGGCUGGAGCGGGCGGGCGCCGCGGGCUGGCUGCCGGCCGAGCUGCGGGAGCCGGCGCGGCAGCUGUUCCUGGACGCACACGCCGCCAGGCGCAUGGAGAUGGAGGGGAUGGCGGCCGGGCUUUAGGGCUGUAGAAGGGCUGUAGGGCUGUAGAAGGGCUGUAGGGCUGUAGAAGGGCUGUCGAAGGGCUGUAGAAGGGCUGUAGGGCUCUCUAGGGCUAUGGCCUAUGGGGCUGUAAAAGGCAGUAUGCCUGUAGAAGGGCUGUUGGGCUGCAGGACUGUAGGCCUCGAGGGCAGGAGGGCUUGAGGGCUCCGGCUUGAACAGGAGGUCGUGUUGACUGGUUGGGUGGCGCUGGUGAGGUAGCUGAGCGAGCAGGGCUAACGCUUGAGGUUGACGGAGGUAACACGUGAGGUUGCGGUGGGGGCUGUUCUCAAGGGCCGUGGAAUAUAAACUCAUGCUCCUCCAUGCGGUGAGCGACGUCUGUAACAGUACAGUUAC